GAAGUAAUCUGUGACCAGACAGACAAGAGAUAGCCGGGCAGACUGGAGGACUCCACCAGGAUGCUUCAACCGUCCCAUCUCACCAAGACUACCUGCUCAGAAAAUGAAUUGUUGGAGUGAAUAUCGGUGUCCCUCUCGUGAUCCUCAGAAAGAUGUUUUAAGAGAAACGUUGUCAAGGACAUGUUCAAGUCACUGACCCCCUGAAAUAUAGAGAUGGUUGAAGCUGUGAACUCUUCGGACUCUGUGAAUCCUUCGAACUAUAUAACCCAAGAAAAACUGAUCUUAUGGCUCACCAACCCUCUGUCUGCCUUCAUCAUCCUCUCCAACCUCUUCAUCAUCAUCGGAAUCGUGUUCAACAAAAAGUUGCACAACACGGCCAACUACUUCUUCCUCAGCCUGCUGUUCGCGGACUUCUUCACGGGGGUCUUCUUGCCCUGCAUGCCCCGCAUGAGGUUUGAUAAGAAUCUUGGCUAUCACUGGUGUCUCCUUGCCUUCAUAUCUCCAAAUUAUUUCUUCCUCUCAUUUCUGGCCAACUUGCUGAUGGUUCAUUAUGAGAAGUACUUGUGCAUUAUAUACCCCUUGCACUACCGGAACUUUUUGGUCCACCGUUGCGUGCCCUUCUUUUUGGUUAUGGUGUGGACGUUGCCACUGUUGUUCGCCAGCCUGCCCAUAUUGGGUUGGAAUAACUGGAACAGCAGUCUAUCCUGCUCCUACAAGCAAGUGUUCCCUCAUGCCUACAUUUAUCUGGAGACCUAUGGUCUUGUCAUCCCUUCCAUCCUGGCCAUGAGCUUCAUCACCGUCAAACUUCUUUCCGUGGCCAGGAGACAGCUGAAGGAGAUUAAGAAGCUUCACCGGUCCGUCCAGCGGGAGGCAGCCACGGAGCUAGAGCACCAGAUGGACCUAAGGUAUGCCAAAUGCAUCGCCAUCUUCUCCCUGACGUUCCUCAUCUGUUGGGUUCCCUACAUUGCUCUCCUCCAGGUCUCGGUGUUGGCCAUAGAGAACUAUGACAUCAGCUUCUCGAUUCUCCCCACGCUCACGUGCUUGGGAAGCGGAAGCGCCACUAUCGUCCCUGUGAUCCUGGGACUUUGCCACCACCAGUACACUGAACUGUGGAGGACGCUCUGCAAAAGAUACUGCAAAUUUUGCUGCAAGCCUAAAGUUAAGCAACCCAACGAGCACAACAUGGUCAGCAAGGAAGAGACACUUGAAGAUGGAUUAACUGGUGUUACAUAAUUUAUUUCCU